AUAUUUGAGCCGAAAUGGCACGGGAGAUGUAGUUGUUUCCUCAUUCGCAACUGUUGGUAGAUGCCAAAUGUGUGCAGUCAGACGAGAGAUGCUUGUUCAAGCGUGUUGAAAAUUGCUGUCAUCAAAUGCAUUUAACGUGAGAUCAUCUUCAGUAGACGCUCGUUAUUGUAGAACAGUGACUAGAUUUAGCAAAUGUCCUGAAGAUGGACGGGUGGAGUCCAAUUGUUGCAACCUUUUCCGACGACGAGCGGUCAAGCUCUGAAGGCGAGUAUACAAUCGGAACUGGACAAUCUAAAGACACUGAAGAAGGACCGAACGAGACGGGGGUAGCCGAGGGAGCUACCGCCGGAUUUGGUAUCACUGGUUUUGGGGACAAAUCACUGAGGCUGAAUCGGACUGGAACGACAGCCGAGCAAGAACUCCGCUAUUUACAGUUGCUUUGGGAACCAGGUCGAGCUGGCGCCUCAACGGUAGUCGGAAGCAAAGCGGGGAAAGUGACAGGGAGUCGAGCCAGACGCCAUAUCAGAGUCCGGCGGAAUGUGGGGCCGAUAGGGAAAGAUUUAUAUGCUGUGAGGAGGCUCAGAGAAGCUGCAAAUGGAAAUGACAUAGACACAGUGCGUCGGCUUCUGGAGGAGGACAUUGAUCCCUGUGCAGCAGAUGACAAGGGUAGAACAGCCUUACAUUUCUCUUCUUGCAAUGGAAAUGAGACUAUUGUCCAGCUGCUGUUGAGCUAUGGAGCGGACCCAAACCAGAGGGAUAGUCUUGGAAACACCCCACUACACCUGGCGGCCUGUACCAAUCACGUGCCUGUCAUCACAACUUUGCUGAGGGGAGGCGCCCGUGUGGAUGCUCUGGACCGUGCUGGACGGACCCCGUUGCAUUUAGCGCGCUCUAAACUGAACAUCUUACAGGAUGGAGACUCUCGGAGUUUGGAGACACUACGAGGGGAAGUGACACAGAUCAUUCAGAUGCUGAGGGAGUACUUGAACGUGAUGGGACAAAGCGAGGACAGAGAGAGGCUCGAGCACAUCUCAACACAACUGCAGCAUACUCGCACUAAGAAACAGGUGGAUGAGGUGACAGACCUGUUGGCAAACUUCACAUCACUCAGUCUACAGAAUUUAGGCGAUAGGUAGAACAGGUCACCAAGUGGAUAACAUUGGUACGAUGUGGAGUGAGUGAGUGAGUGAGUGAGUGAGUGAGUGAGUGAGUGAGUGAGUGAGUGAGUGUGUGUGUGUGUGUGUGUGUGUGUGUGUGUGUGUGUGUGUGUGUGUGUGUGUGUGUGAGAGAGAGAGAGAGAGGGAGGUAGAGAUAGAGAGAGCAUCUCUGAUUGAGAUAACUUUGACAUUGUUGACCAUUUUAAAAUUAUAUAAUUUUUACAUACUGGAGCCACAUUCCCUCCAUUUAUUUUUUGUUCAAUACCAUGUUCCCUAGAUCACUUCUCAACAUCCUGUUUUACUGUCUCAACAUCUGUGUUGCCUUUUUUCUGUUGCCUUGAUUUAUUCCAUUUGUUAAUAGUAAAACAAACAGAUGUCUUUUGUACAUGGAUGUGAACACUGAAUAAAAAACGGAAAAGAAA